AUGCAGGUGCUGCAGAACUGCCGGUUUCCUGUGCUUGAUGAGUUCAGUAUAGCAUCAGCACCUGGAGCUUCGUCCAUGGCAAAGCAGAAUCUGAACCUUGUGCCCUGUAGAAACUGUGGAAGAAAUUUUGAACCCAGUAGUCUGGAAAGACAUGAACCCAUCUGUAGCAAAGUCGCUAAUAAGAAAAAAAAAGUAUUCAAUUCAUACAAGCAAAGAGCUGCUGGGACAGACAUUUCAUCGGCAAGAGGGCUGCCAGCUGCAAAGCAUUCUCCACCUGUAUCACAUUGGAGACAACAGCAUGAAGAUUUCAUCAACAGCGUCAGGUCAGCCAGACUUGCAACAGAAGCUGUAAGAAAGGGCCUUCCACUACCCCCUCCACCACCUGCCAGCAUCAAUCCAGAUUACGUUGAGUGCCCAUACUGCAAUAGACGCUUCAACGAAACAGCUGCAGAGCGACACAUCAACUUCUGUAAGACCAACGCCAACCGCAAGACUGUGCCCAGACAAGCCCCACCGCCUUCGUCCUCCUUUCAGCCCAGAGCUCCACCACCAGUGGCACAAGUUCAGUUGGCCUCUAAGCAGCCCACAGGCUCAGCUAGAGUUCCAGCUUUGUCGUCCACCUCAUACCAACCACCGAAAGGCCCUCCUGUACAACCCCCUGUACGGAAAACACAGGCUGCGCACUCACGCCCAACAACAUAUUCGCCACCCUCGGCAGCAGGUACCCCAUCAAAAGGCAAACUGACUUCAGCCGCCCAAGCUGUCAUGGGAAUGACCAGAGAUUACGAUGAUCCUUCCACCAGCCGGAAAGCAACCAGCAUGAAAACUUCUUCCACGCAGCAAUUUGACUCUCCAUGUUCCCGAUCCUCUGCAACUGUUAUCCGGGGCUCCCUGAUUGAGUGA